CUCAUCAUUAUGCCUUGUUGUUUAAGUGACCAAAUAUAUUUAAACCCCAUGUCUCUCUUUUGACACCCUUUCUUUACACUUUUGAUAUCACCUUUUAAAUCCCCAUAUUCCUUUCAAAUUUCAUUUUUUCAAAAAACCAACUUAAACCCACUUCACAAAAUGCAGAUUUCUACAUGGGUUUUCAAAAUCUUGAUCCUUUUUUUAGUUAAUUUUUCUAGGCUAUCACGAGCCCAGACGUGUUCCGAAGUUGAUAGAACCGCACUUCUUGGGUUUAAAGCAAGAAUCUUUAAGGAUACUACUGGUAUAAUGUCUUCAUGGAUUGGUAAAGAUUGUUGUAGUGGAGGUUGGGAAGGUGUUCAAUGUGAUAGUGUCACUGGGAGAGUGACACAACUUGUGUUACAAAGGCCAUCUGAUAAAGAUUUUGGUAUUUACAUGAAAGGAACUCUUUCUCCUACUUUAGGUGACUUGAAGUUCUUGGAGGUUUUGGUGAUUAGUGGGAUGAAGAGGCUAUCUGGAACGAUUCCAACGAGCUUUACGGGUCUUGUACGUCUUACUCAACUUGCUUUGGAAGAUAAUUCACUUGAAGGGACUAUCCCUUCAAGUUUAGGCCAACUACCUUUACUUCAAACACUCUCACUUAGUGGCAACCACUUAACUGGCCCAAUCCCUCCUACUUUAUUAAAGUUAAACAAGCUUUUCCAGCUGAAUUUAGCAAGAAAUUCGUUCUCGGGCCCCCUUCCAGCUGCUAUGGGAGGCUUGGCCCGUUUGCAGUAUCUUGAUUUGAGUUACAAUAAGUUAUCGGGCUCUAUUCCUGUCAGUUUGGGCCAACUCUCACAGUUAACACUUCUUGACAUUUCGAAUAACCAAUUAUCAGGUGCAAUACCUGAUUCAUUGUGCAACUUGUUGAAGCUUGUUGACCUGACAUUGAGCAACAAUCUGUUGACCGGUCAAGUGCCAUCACGAAUAGGGCGACUCAAAUCUCUAAAUACCCUUUCUUUAGGUUCCAACCGGCUCGUUGGUCAAAUCCCGGUGUCUAUAUCACAAUUACAGAACCUGUGGUACCUUAACUUAUCUAGAAAUGCACUUUCUGACCCUUCGCCUAGUUAUGCAUUAUCUAAAGGUAUCCCUUCUCUACUGUCCUUAGACUUAUCUUACAAUAAGUUCAAUUUCGGUACCAUUCCAAAAUGGAUUACAAGCAGAGAGUUGUCAGAUAUCAGAUUAGCUGGAUGUAAUCUCAAAGGGUUUUUACCAAUCUUUACGAAGCCAAAUUCACUCGUUUUUAUAGACCUUUCUGAUAAUCAUUUUUCAGGAGGCCUACCAGGUUACUUUCGGAAGAUGUCUAACUUACAAAAUGUCAAAUUGUCAAACAACCAACUUAAGGCCAAUCUAUCACAAAUCAUACUACCAAGCGGGCUAGCGUUACUAGACCUCCACUCAAAUCAACUUUCAGGGUCACUAUCAGGACUAUUGAGGUCUGCAAGCAGUUUCUUGGAGACCAUUGACUUGUCCAACAAUCAAAUCACGGGCAACAUUCCAAGUACCAUUUCAAAGCUUGCUAAACUCAAGAAGUUGGAUGUCUCAAGGAAUCAUAUAACGGGCACAAUACCGCCAAGUUUGGGAAAUCUAUCAAACUUAGGAUGGCUAGAUGUAUCAAUCAACUCAAUUGGAGGAAAAAUACCAACUAGUUUGUUGGUGGCUCAGCUAAGGCAUGCUAACUUCCGAGCAAACAAGCUAUGUGGAGAAAUUCCGCAAGGAAGACCGUUAAACAUCUUUCCUCCGGUUGCUUAUGCACACAAUCUUUGCUUGUGUGGAAAGCCCCUGCCACCUUGCAAGCAACCUUAAACGAUAUGGUGACUCGGGUUGGGCCAGUAGAAUGCUGACUCAUGAUAUACGUUACUGUUCAACAAGAAAGAUCAUGUUAUCUGUUUUGUUAUAAGUUUAUUGAUUUUAAGCAAUAGAAUAGAUGGUGUCAUAAUUCCUUGAGAGCAAUAAAUCAUGCUAAAGUUGUAGGCUUGCUUGUUGAACUCAAAAAGAAAUAUAAUCAAGAUCUCUUUGAGUACUA